CUGGGACGGAGAUCGAAGGAUAGGGUAAAAGGAUUUAGAGGCUCGGUGCACCCCCUGAGCCUCCUGAGGAAGGUGGGCAGGGGUGGGCAACCAUGUCUAUGGCUUCCUGCUAUUGUCCCCGGCCUGCCUCCCUAUUCCUUACCCUGCUCCUCUAGACACCAGCUAUGACCUCGGCCACUCCCCAGUGGUAGCUGUCUGGCUAAGAGAAAAGAAGGGGCUGGCUGUUUCAUCUUUCUAUCAAGGGGAGGACCUAAAAGGAGAAAGAAUGGCCAGGUCUCUCCUUGGGAUUUCUCCAGGUCACAGCAUGCCUGUCCCCAGGCCAGGGAUUGGAUGGGAGCCACCCAGAUGUUGCUCCCCCAAACAGCUAUGGGAAGCCCUCUUAAAGAUGUAUCAUACUCGAGUCUAGUGGGCCAAGGAAAAGGCCAACCAAGUGUUUUUAGAGGCUGGACUAACCCAGCUGAAAGUGAGCGUGUGGGGGUCCUUAGUGUGGGAGAUUAGGUAGUAGGGAAGCACUGUUUGCUCUCUGAGGAAAUAAGGGGAUGAGGGUACUUGCUAUCAGAGCAUUUAGCUUGGAAAUGAAGAGCAUGCAAAUUAGAUGCAAAUUAGCCUCUAUUGUCCCUAGCUAGGGAGCUUUUGCAGGAAGGCUGGUGGAGUCUGAAGGUUUUAACUCGGGAGUGGUCAUCGGUCCCCACAACUCCCAGACAGCCCUUUCCCCAAGGCUAGUCCUGCAGUUCCAGGAGUUUCUGGCUAAAGGCCAAAAGCUACCCUCUUAUCUUCCGGUGCAAAGCCGCCCUCAUUUUGUAACCAAACAAAAUGCACUCCCCCAAUAGCAUCUCCCCGACACUGGCUUCAACAGCUUUUCCCAGAAUUUGCACAUUUACUUUUAAAGGAUGUAGUAAGGGAGAUGUGAUUUAGUCUUUUCCCUUCUUCUUUUGUCCCUUCCUCCCUUAGAUCAGAGGGCCCUAUCCCUCUUCAUCCCCACAGGACCCACCACCCCAGAGGCAGCCUGAUGAGGGAAGAAGGGGAAAGCGGGGCACGUUCAGCCAUUUCUUCUCACCCGUCCUUUCUAUCCUUCGUUCAGCAUAGGGGGGCCAGCAUAUGGGUGAGGGGGUACUCCCUGGGGCUUGAGCUGCCCCGCACAGGAUGCCCCGUGCCCCCCACUCCAUGCCCUUGCUGCUGCUGUUGCUGCUGUCACUCCCCCAAGCCCAGACUGCCUUUCCCCAGGACCCCAUCCCUCUGUUGACCUCUGACCUACAAGGUACCUCUCCGUCAUCCUGGUUCCGGGGCCUGGAGGACGAUGCUGUGGCUGCGGAACUUGGGCUGGACUUUCAGAGAUUCCUGACCUUGAACCGGACCUUGCUUGUGGCUGCCCGGGAUCACGUUUUCUCCUUCGAUCUUCAAGCCCAAGAAGAAGGGGAGGGGCUGGUGCCCAACAAGUUUCUGACAUGGCGGAGCCAAGACAUGGAGAAUUGUGCUGUCCGGGGAAAGCUGACGGACGAAUGCUACAACUACAUCCGUGUUCUUGUUCCCUGGGACUCGCAGACACUCCUUGCCUGUGGAACAAAUUCCUUCAGCCCUGUGUGUCGCAGCUAUGGGAUAACAUCUCUGCAACAGGAGGGUGAGGAGCUGAGUGGGCAAGCUCGCUGCCCCUUUGAUGCCACCCAGUCCACUGUGGCCAUCUCUGCAGAGGGUAGUUUGUACUCAGCCACAGCAGCAGAUUUCCAGGCCAGUGAUGCUGUGGUUUACAGAAGCCUUGGAUCUCAGCCCCCACUCCGUUCUGCAAAGUAUGACUCCAAGUGGCUUCGAGAGCCACACUUUGUCUAUGCUUUGGAGCAUGGAGACCAUGUCUACUUCUUCUUCCGAGAAGUCUCUGUGGAGGACGCCCGCCUGGGGAGGGUGCAGUUUUCCCGGGUGGCCCGGGUGUGUAAACGUGACAUGGGUGGCUCGCCGCGGGCCUUGGAUCGCCACUGGACAUCCUUCCUUAAGCUGAGGCUCAACUGCUCCGUCCCCGGGGACUCUACCUUCUAUUUUGAUGUCUUACAGUCCUUAACUGGGCCCGUGAACCUGCAUGGGCGCUCUGCCCUUUUUGGGGUCUUCACUACUCAGACCAAUAGCAUUCCUGGGUCUGCAGUCUGCGCCUUCUACCUAGAUGACAUUGAGCGUGGCUUUGAGGGCAAGUUCAAGGAGCAGAGGAGUCUGGAUGGGGCCUGGACUCCUGUGUCUGAGGACAAAGUCCCCUCACCCAGGCCAGGGUCCUGUGCAGGUGUGGGUGCAGCUGCCUUAUUCUCCUCCUCUCAAGACCUGCCUGACGAUGUCCUGCUCUUCAUCAAGGCACACCCACUGCUGGAUCCCGCUGUGCCACCUGCCACCCAUCAACCUCUCCUCACUCUGACUAGCAGGGCUCUACUGACCCAGGUAGCUGUGGAUGGUAUGGCUGGCCCCCACAGAAAUACUACAGUCCUGUUUCUUGGCUCCAAUGAUGGGACAGUGCUGAAGGUGCUACCUCCAGGGGGACAGUCUCUGGGACCCGAGCCUAUCAUAUUGGAAGAGAUUGAUGCCUACAGCCAUGCCCGGUGCAGUGGGAAGCGGUCACCCCGAGCUGCUCGACGGAUCAUAGGGCUGGAGCUGGACACUGAGGGUCACAGGCUUUUUGUGGCCUUUCCUGGAUGCAUCGUCUACCUCUCUCUCAGCCGCUGUGCCCGGCAUGGAGCAUGUCAGAGGAGCUGCCUGGCUUCUCUGGACCCAUACUGUGGAUGGCAUCGGUUCCGAGGCUGUGUGAAUAUCAGGGGACCUGGAGGGACUGAUGUGGAUCUGACUGGGAACCAGGAAUCCAUGGAGCAUGGUGACUGCCAAGAUGGAGCGACCGGGAGUCAGUCUGGCCCUGGAGAUUCUGCCUAUGUGCUUCUGGGUCCUGGCCCUUCCCCUGAGACCCCCAGUUCCCCCAGUGAUGCCCACCCAGGGCCCCAGUCUUCCACUCUUGGAGCUCACACUCAGGGCGUGCGCAGGGACCUUUCCCCAGCCUCAGCCUCCCGAUCCAUCCCCAUCCCACUCCUCCUGGCCUGUGUGGCGGCGGCCUUCGCUUUGGGCGCCUCAGUCUCCGGCCUCUUGGUGUCCUGUGCUUGUCGUCGCGCGAACCGCCGUCGGAGCAAGGACAUCGAGACCCCGGGGCUGCCGCGCCCCCUCUCCCUUCGCAGUCUGGCGAGGCUGCACGGUGGCGGUCCUGAGCCCCCGCCUCCGCCCAAGGAUGGUGAUGCGGCGCAAACGCCCCAGCUCUACACUACCUUCCUGCCUCCGCCCGAGGGCGGAUCCCCACCGGAGCUGGCCUGCCUGCCCACCCCGGAGACCACGCCCGAGCUGCCGGUGAAGCACCUCCGUGCCUCCGGGGGUCCCUGGGAGUGGAACCAGAACGGGAACAACGCUUCGGAGGGCCCAGGCCGCCCACGGGGCUGCAGCGCGGCGGGCGGGCCCGCCCCGCGCGUGUUGGUGAGGCCACCGCCCCCUGGCUGCCCCGGGCAGGCGGUGGAGGUGACCACGCUGGAGGAACUGCUGCGCUACCUGCACGGCCCGCAGCCGCCCAGGAAGGGCAGCGAACCUCUCGCCUCCGCCCCGUUCACCUCCCGGCCGCCUGCCUCGGAGCCCGGCGCCGCCUUGUUCGUGGACUCCAGCCCGAUGCCUCGUGAUUGCGUGCCGCCGCUGAGGCUCGACGUGCCGCCCGACGGCAAGCGCGCGGCCCCGAGCGGGCGGCCUGCUCUUUCGGCCCCGGCUCCACGCCUGGGCGUCAGCGGCAGCCGAAGAUUGCCCUUCCCCACGCACCGGGCGCCCCCGGGCCUGCUCACGCGAGUCCCCUCGGGAGGCCCGUCCAGGUACUCCGGGGGGCCCGGGAGGCACCUCCUGUACCUGGGCCGGCCCGACGGCCACCGCGGCCGCUCCCUGAAGAGGGUGGACGUGAAGUCUCCACUGUCGCCCAAACCGCCCCUCGCCACACCGCCGCAGCCCGCCCCGCACGGCGGCCAUUUUAACUUCUGACAGAAGCUGCUUGCGCCCGUCGAGGCGCUGGAGGCCUAGGCCUGCGGAGGCCGCUGGCCUUCCCGGACUCCAAGAGUCUCCCGGGGUCCCCUCUCGCCUCGGUUUAUUUAUUGACUGUCUUUCCCCCUGUCCUUUGGCGAGGAGCUCGCCGCUCGGAGCGCCAGCAUUUCAGGGGACCUGGCCGACUCCCACUCCCCGCUCCCUUCCAGCCACGCUGCCUUAACUCGCCGCUCCGGACUCCCGCGGACUGGGCCCCGGGCGGGCCGGCCGGGGCUGGAGCCGCGCGCUGUGUACAGAGUCCUCGGGCCUCCUGGGGCCGGGACGUGCCUCCUCCUACUGUGUAGGAGCCCCCACCCCUCGCUUCCCAAUACAGCCGUGUCCCCCAGCCGCUGCCUGACUUUCUCGCGGUGCGGGAGGGGAAGGAGGGCGGGGCCGCCCGGCCCUCUGGGUACCUGUGCUCCUGAAAGUCUGCCUCCACUUCAGCUCGGCCCCCAAGUCUCUCCGGAGCAAUUGGCUUGGCGGGUGUCCCACCGGGGUUAAUCAGGAAAGGUUUCCUGAAGGAGGCAAGCAAAGACCUGGUGUGUGUAGGAUGAGCCGGGGCCCAGGAGAGCAGUGGGUACUGAUUGGGGGUGCUGGGGAAGGCGCUCAGCACGUAUCUGGAUAGAGGUCAGGCACCUUUCCACGGCCUACACUAUGGGGUGGGAGAGGGAACUUUUGGAGAAAUAAAACGAAGCUGCUGCGUGAUUUGAAUUUCACAUCAGCAAA